AUGCACGGUUUAACACUACCAAUUAAAACUGUAACUGGCCUGAUCAGAGUACUGUCGGUUGGAUUUCCUAUGCUAUUCUCCGCAGAUGCCAGUUGCACCGUAAUGAGUAAAGAUCCAGAGCCUUCAUCUGAUGAUUCGUUAGAAGAACAGUUCAAAGGUAUUUCCGUCUCUGAUAUUGAAUCAGUCAAUAUCUCAUCCCACUCAGCUUCCAACUCCAGAGUUUUCAAGGAUACAGAUGGCUAUUUUACCGCUUUUAUGGAGGAUUCUAGAAUCAUUAAAAUGAUUGAUGAGUAUCUUACAAAUUCGGAUCUUACACUGCAUGAAGAUUAUUCAAGUACUAAAGCUGCGAUUUAUGAAGUGGUGGCAAUGAAACUAUAUUAUUCUUGCAUUCAAACAGAAGAUGAGUUUUUAGAUGAUGAUGGAUAUUUAAAUGAAGACGAAGUUUUAAACAAAGAUGGUAGCUUCAAAGAAGAAGUAAUUCAAAAAGUUGAAGAAUACCUACGCGAAUUCAAUCUCAGGACAAUCGCAGUAUCAGAUUUUGAAUUCAACUAUACUCCGAUAAAGGCGUGGGAGCUCCUUGUUGAUAACUGUGAAACUACGCAUUUGUGGAUAUCAAAAGCGGCAAUUGACGUUGCUGCACUGAACAGUUCAGGUCUCAGUAAGUUAACAAUGCUGACUUUGAAAAAUGUUGGACUGACAGAGAUGCCAUGCCUAUAUAACCUCACAGAUCUUGAAUACCUAUUCUUGAAUGAUAACAUAAUUGGGUACGUCAAUCUUCAAAGCUACUUUGAUGCUAAGACAGGCGGCAGUACUAUGCCAAAAUUGGUGCAUCUAUACUUGUACGGAAAUCCUGUAUCAAAGAUUGAUGCAAGAAUUAAAGAGGUUUUCACAGAUAAAUCCAUGGAAAUAGGUCUGAAUGGGGUAGGGUCGUUUUCUAUACAUGGUAAUAUGAAGGAUAAACUGGAUAAAGUACGUAUUCAGCUUGUUGAACCAGAUGAGAAGAAAGAGAAUGAGUCGGAUGUCAAUAACUGA